GCCAAAAUCUUCUGAAUAAGUUAGGCCAACAGUUAUUAUACUUCUUUUAAAAAUUCACUUUAAAUCAAAGCAAAUUAAAAAGUAUCUGUUUGAUUCUUGGUCACCAUCUUGAAACCAAUCUUUACCUUCCUUAUGUCAUGUUUGUUCAACUCCAUUAACCUAUUUUUUCUCUUCUGGUUUUUUUCCCCCCUUUUUAUUCUCACUUUCAUUUCUCUUGUUUUGUAUUCUGAAUUCUUGUUUAAAUUUUUAAAGGUGGGAACUUUUUUGUUGUAUGACUCUGUAUCGACUGAAUCACUCUUUUUUGGUGUUAGUAGUUGUGAGUCAUAUGAGCUAGUUAGAUGCAUACGUGGAGCAAAGGGCUCGUAGCACCCCCUUUGAUUGAUCAACUCUUUUGGUGUUAGUGGUGGUGAACCAUACGAGCUAGUUAGAUACGUGGGGCAGAGUGCUCGUAGUAACCCCUUUGAUUGAUCCAACCUUUUCUUGGCUUUGCUAGUGAGUCAUUCCCCUGUUUUACCUUUUUUUUCUUGAAAUUUUGCAGUUAUUAGCAAAACCAUUUUGAAAGAUUGAAAUUUGAGUUUAUGAAAUAGGUUGAAUUGUUUGCUAGUGCACCUUUGUAUCGACUUAAUCACUCUUUUGGUGAAUCGUGAGCUGGUUAGAUACGUGUAGUAGGGCAGAGGAGCUUAUCUGUAUCGACUAAAUCACUUUUAUAGUGAACCAUACGAAGUUAUUAGAUACGUGGAGCAGAGGGAUCAGUAUAGUAAAUGAUCACCAAAGGGGGCAGGCUAGCACGCCUUAUUCGUUACUUAUAUGUGUGAGGAUAUGUUACUACAAAGUUGAAAGUUCUUAGAAAUUUCUCAGUGUUGACAAAAAUCUGUGUCAUCAUAUCGAAUCAUGAGUAACCGUUACUUUAUUACAACAGACUCAUUGUGUAAUUCUAGGAUUAUUGGUCCAGAAAGAAUGAAUCUUGAUGUAAGAAGAACACCCCCUUCUUCUUCUUCUUCAUCUUCGUCUUCAUUCUUGAUAAGAAUGGCAAUUCGAAUAUCAAGAUCAAGAUGUUUUAGUUUCUUGAGAAGAGUGUUUCAUUAUCAAAAUGGUUCAAGAUCAGAACUUGGCUCAAAUCCUUUCAAUUCUGUGACUUGGAUGAUUAUGGAGUGUAUAGUAUUAAGUGUUCAAAUAAUUGUUACAACAUAUACAUUAGUUGUUACAAAAGAUGAAAGACCUGUUUGGCCAAUGAGGAUUUGGGUAUUUGGAUAUGGUUUUGGUUGUGUUAUUAGUUUGAUUCUUCUUUAUUGGAGAUAUUGGGCAUUAUAUGUUAGCCAAACAAAUGAUUCUGAUCUGGAGCAACAAAUAAGCCACGACGAAUCAAGGGCGUUACCGUCUCGGAUGGAGAGAUGUAGGACAUGGAUAGAGUUCUUCUUUGCUAUAUGGUUUGUGAUGGGGAAUGUUUGGGUAUUUGAUUCAAGAUUUGGAUCAUUUCAUAAUGCCCCUAAACUUCAUGAUGUUUGCAUAUCAUUAUUAGUUUGGAAUGCUAUCACAUACUCUUUUCCCUUCAUAUUAUUUGUGUUGUUGUGUUGUUGUGUGCCAAUUUUGAGCAACUUUCUUGGCUACAAUAUGAAUAUGGGAUCAAUAGAUAGAGGUGCAACUGAUGAACAACUAUCCAAUUUGCCUAGUUGGAAGUACAAAGAAAAUGGAAAUAUAGAGGAGAUUACAAUUUGUGAUGAAUGUUGUAUUUGUUUGGCAAAGUACAAAGAGAAAGAAGAAAUUAGAGAGUUACCUUGUUCUCAUAUAUUCCAUCUCAAUUGUGUUGAUCAAUGGCUCAAAAUUAUUUCUUGUUGUCCUCUUUGUAAACAAGAAUUAGAAAGGUAAUCGAUGGACAAAGUUAUUAGAUACUUAUAUUGAUGGAAGAUAGUAAGUAUUAUCGUUCGAAUAAUUAUUUUUUUAAAAAAAGUUAAGUUUGUAUUUGUUACUCCACAUCCAAUUAUUUCCUUUUUUUUUCUUUUUUCAUUUAAUUUCUUUCAAGUCAAAAGUCAACAUAAAUUGUAUGCAACAUAUAGCUACUAGAGUGAGCAAAAGUUAUAGUUAUUGUAAAUUAUAGUUCACCAGUAACUAUAUAUGUUGCUAUUAAAGUAAGCUUUAGGAAGAAUUUAUGAUUUCGCAAUUCACAUAUGUACCAAUUUCAAUUUCGUAAUAACGGGGACAUAAUUGAUAAUA